UCCCAGCCUGCCAUCCUCACCUUUGCCCUCUCCCUCCCCCCAUCCUCGCCCCAAUCCUCGUCAUGGCUGCUGUCUCUAGUCAGCGUGACCUCCUCUCCACUGCAAUCACCUUUGCUGGUGGUCUGGCAUUCGGACUUGGUGGAGCCUACGCAAUCUCCAGAGGCUCCUUCAAGCCCGCCACGGCCCCGACCAAGUCCACAAAGUCAAAGGCCGAAAAGGCAUUUGGCACGCCUCCUUCUCCCAAGCUCGCUGCUGUACAAGACGGUCCUGCCAAGGCAGCGCCCGCAGAGCCUACUCGUACACCUGCCACCACCUCUACCACCACCACUCAAGCCGAGCAGCCACCCGCCAGUGAGCAGCUCGAUGAAGUUGACGCAAAGGGCCUCGGUCCCGUCGCACCUCAGGUGGCCAAGGGCAGCGGCGCUGCUCUUCAUCAGAGGCAGCAACCCUCUCCUCACAAUGCCCGAGCUGUCACUGGUGGGGACUACCCUGAGCCCGCCCCUCAGAACCGAGCCCGAGUUCUGGACCUCAAGGCUGACCUCACUGCCCCCGCCCCUGCCCAUGGCGACGAGCUCCUGAACGCUGAGACUGCUCCUGCUCCAGUCUGGCUCACCGGCCUCACCGCCUCGGCUGCCACUCGCGAUACCACCGCUGCUGGUGCCAUCGAGGGCCUUGCUUACUCGGGAUCCCAGGCUCUCUUCGUCUACGAGAGCCAGAGCAACGGUUCCUUCGGAGCCUGGUCCGAGAAGGAGGCCAAGGAAGCCACUGCAAAGGGCUGGAUCGCAGGGCGACCAAAGGUCACCAGUAUGCAGACUAGGGCCGGCGCCGGUACUGCCAUUGCCGGUUACCUCUCUUCUCGAGGCACUGGCAGUGCUACUGCUGGCUCUGUCACUGACAAGAAGACUGUCACUGCUCUCAUCAAUGCUCCAGGUCUCCUUGCCAUGGCCCCUGCCAUUGCCACUCUCCCCGCUGCCGCCCAGGGUAGGCUCGUCGUGCAAGUUUCGAGCGCUAGCCAGGACAUUGAGGCUGGAAGUCUGGCCGUCAACAAUGACUACGCCUCGGUCCUCUCCGCUGCUUCCACGCUCUCAGUCAACGAAGACUUCUCCGUCAUUCUGUCCGGAUCCCGACAGGAAGCCGUCGACGUCGCUGCUGCCACCUAUGCAGCAACUGAAGGCCACGUAGUCCACGUCUUUGAUGGCGCCUUUGCCGCUCGUGAGGUCGCCCACCUCAAUGUGCCAGCCAAGGCCGACGCCGCUGCUGCUUCUACCGACAUCAUCUCUGCCCUCAAAGCAAAGAAGCUCGGUCACUUCUCCUACUACGGACCUCGUGCUCCAUCGACCGUCGUUGUCAUGCCCAAUGGCUCCCACGCCACCAAUGCUCGAACAAUGCUUGCGGUCCUCCCUGAGGAGGUUCGAUCGCACGUCGGCAUUGUCGCUGCCCGGAUCGUCCGCCCAUGGUCUGAUGAAGAGCUCGUCAAGGCUCUGCCUUCGACCGUAGAGAGUAUCUUCGUUCUCGAAGAGACACGAGUUGCCGGUAUCACUGGCCCACUCUUUGAGGACGUCCACUCUGCCGUCUUUACGGGUAUGAUCGGUCGUGGCGCCUCGCUGCCCAACGUUCUUCCCGUUGGUCUGCCCAAGGGAAGCACCCUGCAGCCCGGUCAGUGGGCUGCUCUGCUUCAGACUCUCUUGCACAGCCGCUCCGCUGUCAAUGCCGCCGAGGUCAUUGCCAAUGCUGCCUCUUCUGUGCAGAACAACAUCGCCACUCUCGGAGGUGCUGGAAGCCGCAUCGUGACCUUCUACGACAGUGACUCGAGCUCCACUGCUCAUCUCGCUUCUUUCCUCGCUCGCACUGUACGAGAGCACCCCGAGCUGACCGAGUCGGCUAGCUUGCUCACUCGCUACGACAACUUCGAGGCUGGCGGCCUAGCCAGGUCUGACCUCCUCAUCGGAGCUCAUCCAGCUGCUCAAAUCCCAGUCCAGCUUGCGGCGCAGCAGGGUGGCACUUCCACUCUCGUCAUCUCUGACCCCGCGACCGUUCUCAAGAGCUACAAAGUCUUCGAGACUCUUCAGGUCGGUGGCACUAUCCUCUUCAACACUCCUGGUUGGGACACUGCUGAGUUGAGUGCCAAGCUCAGGGCCGAGGACAAGAAGAUUCUUGCUGCCAAGAAGGCUCGUAUCUACAUCAUCAAUGCAUCUCAAGUUGUUGAGAAUAUCCUUGAGGAGACUGCGAUGAGGAAGGGCGGCAAGUCGAAGGUCUCUGACAGUACCGUACCCAAAGAGGUAGCUACUGCCGUCCUCGCGGCUGCUCUGUACCGCAUCCAGUUCGGCUUCAGUGGCGCUUCCUUGAUCAGUGUCCUGAAGAGGUACCUCGGAGUCGCUCCUGUCGGCAUCGAUGGUGUACCUGGCCUCGUAGCUGCUGCAGAGAAGGCACUGACUCUAUCUGCAUUCAGCCACGAUGACUUUGCUGCUGCCGAGCCUCUCGAGGCCGAGCUCAAGGGUACUCCUCGACCCGAAGUCUUCCGCUACAACGGCUUUGGUCCUUCUUCGGACGCUGCCACUGUCGGUCAGGAGGCAGUCCCCAUCAGAAACACUUGGGCGCUAUCAGCUUGGCAGAUGAUGUUCUCCGAGGCAUACAAGCUCGACGACAAGUCGCUUCGACCAGACCUGCCGGAGAAGAACUACGUCGUGACUGUGACAGAGAAUCGCCGCCUGACUCCUAUUGACUACGACCGAAACGUCUUCCACAUGGAGCUCUCCACUGCCGGCACUGGUCUCAAGUACGAGGUCGGUGAGGCUCUGGGUGUCCACGGCUGGAACGACGAGGACGAGGUCAAGGAGUUCGUUAACUGGUCUGGCUACGAUCCCGACGAGCUCAUUGCCGUCCCUUCUCUCGAGGAUCCCUCUCGCUACGAGACCAGGACCGUCUUCCAGAUCCUGCAGCAGCGUCUGGACAUCUUCGGCAAGCCAGGAAAGUCCUUCUACGAAUCUCUCUCCAAGCUCGCCCUGGACAAGGAGGAGGCUCGAUGGCUGCGAUUCAUCUCCUCCGCCGAGGGCAACAGUACCUUCAAGAAGCUCUCCGAGGUUGAGACGGUCACCUAUGCUGAAGUGCUGCAGAUGUUCCCCUCGGCUCGUCUGCCACUUGACAUUCUUCUCCGUGAGGUAGAGAUGAUCAAGCCUCGUCACUACUCCAUUUCCUCUGCUCAGGCCGCUGUAGGAGACUCAGUUCACCUCCUCGUUGUGACUGUCGACUGGCAGACUCCCUCUGGCUCUCCACGCUACGGUCAGUGCACUCGCUACCUGGCCAAUCUUCGUCCAGGAAACAAGGUGACCGUCUCCCUCAAGCCUUCCAUCAUGAAGCUGCCUCCUUACACUAGCCAGCCCAUCAUCAUGGCUGGUCUCGGUACGGGAAUGGCUCCCUUCCGAGCCUACGUCCAAGCUCGUGAGGUGCAGAAGCGCAACGGAGAAGACGUCGGUCCUCUUCUCCUCUACUUUGGUUCUCGAACUCAAACGGCCGAAUGGCUGUAUGGUGAAGAGUUCGAGGCAUGGCACAAGGAUGGUCUGGUAGAGCGUCUAGGACUGGCCUUUUCCCGAGAUCAGAAGCAGAAGAUUUACAUUCAGCACAAGAUCAAGGAAGACGCCAAGCUCGUCGCAGACUAUCUCGCACCGGACCUUGAGGCGUUGCGUGCUGCAGGUGGAGAGGUGGAGAUUUUGGACAAGCUAGACCCCAAUGAGACCGACCCGAAGAAGAAGGGAAUGUUCUGCGUCUGCGGACCUACCUGGCCCAUUCCGGAUAUUACCGAAGCUAUCAUUUCCUCCUUCAAGGGACGAGGUCUGUCUCAAAAGGAGGCAGAGAAUGUCAUCGAGGCGCUCAAGGAACAGGAGCGCUUCGUUCUCGAAGUCUACUGAGCCAGCAGUCGUCCCGCAAAGGAGCUUCACUGGGCUCUCUCUCUCUCUCUUCAAUGCCACUUCUUGUUUCGAGUUCCUCGUAGGCUUGUCUCCCUGUCUGCUUGCUGUAUCCAAUGCCUUUGUGUUGCCUCAUUCUAACAUGUGUGAAAUCCCCCUCUCCUCUCCUUUCUGAUCUCUCAUGCUUUCGCUUACGCACUACCCCGCUUCCCCCCACCCCCCACCCC